GGGAACUCCUAUGCCUCGAUUUCUUUAUCUAUAAAACAUGGAGUACCUACCUCAGCCUGCUUGUGAGUUUUAAGUAAACCCGUCGAUGGAAAACGUGUAAAACUGCUAAUGGCACCUAAGGGCUAUAUUGAGUUUUAUGGUUCUUUUUAGGGCCGCACCUGCAGCAUAUGGAUGUUUCCAGGCUAGGGGUCGAAUAGAAGCUAUGGCUGCUGGCCUACAGCCACCGCACCGUGGGAUCCGAGCCGCGUCUGCUACACAGCUCACAGCAACGCUGGAUCCUUAACCCACUGAGCAAGGCCAGGAUCCUCAUCCUCAUGGCUCCUAGUCAGGUUCGUACCACUGAGACACCACUGGGAACUCCCAGUUCUUCUUAUUCUGCCUUCCGCAAGACCACAGCAAGGGUCACCACCUCAGCCCGCAUCUGCAGGCCAUCAUCAGUCGCCUGGCCCUGAAAAAGGCACAGGGAGGAGGGCGCAGGCACGUUGGCACAAAAUCUGUUGGGAAGCCCAGGCGGCCCGGCUGGCGGCCAUUUUGGCAAAGGGCAGAGACGACGGCUUCUCUACGUCAUCAGUCUGCGCGACCGGCGGGCGCCUGGCGCUCCAUGGGGUAGAGCGGACCGCAGCGAAGGGUACCGGAAUGCGCGGCUGAGGGGCGUGAUGGGGGAGGUGGCUGUGGCCGCGGGGCCUUGUCCGCUGCGCGAGGACAGCUUCACGCGCUUCUCGUCGCAGAGCAAUGUAUACGGGCUGGCGGGCGGCGCGGGCGGGCGCGGGGAGCUGCUGGCCGCCACCCUUAAAGGCAAGGUGCUGGGCUUCCGCUACCAAGACCUCCGACAGAAAAUCCGGCCCGUGGCCAAGGAGCUGCAGUUCAAUUACAUUCCCGUGGAUGCAGAGAUUGUCUCCAUCGACACCUUCAACAAAUCGCCCCCAAAGCGAGGCCUGGUUGUGGGGAUCACGUUCAUCAAGGAUUCCGGGGACAAGGGCAGCCCUUUUCUGAACAUUUACUGUGACUAUGAGCCUGGCUCUGAGUACAACCUUGACUCCAUUGCCCAGAGCUGCCUGAACCUGGAGCUCCAGUUCACUCCUUUCCAGCUGUGCCAUGCAGAGGUCCAGAUUGGGGGUCAGCUGGAGACCGUGUUUCUCCUGAGUGGGAAUGACCUGGCCAUUCAUCUCUACAAAGAGAACGAGGGGCUGCACCAGUUUGAAGAACAGCCUGUGGAAAACCUCUUCCCAGAGCUCACGAACCUGACCAGUAGCGUCCUCUGGCUUGACGUGCACAACCUGCCCGGCACGUCCCGGCGACUCUCAGCACUCGGCUGUCAGAGCGGCUACGUCCGUGUCGCCCACGUGGACCGGCAGAGUCGAGUGGUGCUGCAGACGUGGACCAUCCUACAGGACGGCCCCAUCUCCCGCGUGACCGUGUUCAGCCUCUCAGCGCCCGCAGGGGCCGAGGACAGACCCGAGCGGGAGGAGUACAGCGUGCUGGUGGCCAGCAUGCUGGAGCCAGCGGUGGUGUACCGGGACCUGCUGAGCCGGGGCCUCGAGGACCAGCUCCUCCUUCCUGGCAGCGACCAGUUUGACAGCGUCCUCUGCGGCCUGGUCACCGACAUCGAUUUGGACGGGCGGCCGGAAGUCCUGGUGGCCACCUACGGACAGGAGCUGCUGUGUUACAAGUACUGCGGCCCGGAGCGCGGGCUCCCCGGGGCCAGGGGCGGCUUCCGCCUGCUCUGGCAGCGGAGCUUCUCCAGCCCCCUACUGGCCAUGGCGCAUGUGGACCUGACUGGGGACGGACUGCGCGAGCUGGCCGUGGUCUCCCUGAAGGGCGUGCACAUCCUGCAGCACAGCCUGAUCCAGGCCUCAGAACUGGUCCUGACCCGGCUUCGGCAUCAGGUGGAGCAGAGGCGACGUCAGCCACCGAGGCCGGGGGACAGGGUGGGUGCCAGGCCUGCCGAGACCCCUGCCUCCUGAGCACCACUCACUGCACAUCCCCCCCCCCCCGCCCCCGCAAGGCCUCACCUCCAGCCCUUCACGUCGAGGGAAGCAUCCUGAUGGGGGCGCGAGUCUCCCCAGACCCUCCAGGGCGGUGGAUCUGUGAGUCCUGCUCUGGCUCCACCCCCCACGUGCCCUUUGACCCCACUCCCCUCUCUGUGCCUCAGUGUCCCCCAUUUGAAAGUGAGAUGAUCUUACCCAACCCCCGCUCCCCGCAGUGAGAAUUGGUCAGCAGACAAGUAUUUCUCUGUCCAGAGAAGCCAGACUUGAA